AGCUCGUAAGUCGUAAGUUGUAGCCCACCUCCGCCGUCACAAAUACCAACCUGGAGACCAAGACGGUGUUGGCUUGAUGGUCUGCAGCUCAGCUCUCUCUCUCCCUUAAUAGUCAGAAUAUUGGAUUUCCCCAUCUGCCACUCGAUCAAGUCAUCUUCGCCGUUCGAGAUCCAUCCAUUCCGCGGUCCUACAUCAUGCCAUUCAACCACAUUACAAGCUCAUCAUCAUAUUGCUGAUCCAUACGCCGAUCCACCUUCAAGCUCUGCCCGCGGCUUAUCCAACUCAGCUCGCCCAAUUGCCCUCCUGUGCGUACCGAGAGAACAAAACUCUUCGCCGCUUCACAGGUCUCGCCAUCGUCCUGAACAACAGUCCGUUCAAGCGGCCAUCACCCACCAAUUCCUCCUGCAAUGGACCAAACAGACCCGUCCUCCAAGGGCAGAGCUCCGAGCAAUGGCUCUGGCUCGGUUCCUACUCCAACGCAUGCUGGUCCGGUUGAGCGAUCUAACUCUCAAUCGAGCCUCCACAAGGCAGGCCAUAUUGCCUCACAUCGACAGAGCUUUGCCGAGAACCAGAGGCAUCCGCCACCCUCCCCACGGUCUCAGAGGCACCCCUCCUUCACCCAACAGGCUAUCCAGGACCUCUUGAACCACCCGCCCACUAAUAGACUGCCGAACCCCCGUUUCGCAGGCCGAGACUGGAGAGACAUCAUGCUCGGUGAGCUGGCCUCCCAAGAUGACGUCAAGUGGGUAGACAUGGACACCAGCGUCGAGGAGGCCACCAUGACCUUGCUCCGGAACAACCCAAACAACGUCGUGCUGAUACGCGAGACCCCCUCGGACAAGAGUGCCGUCUCCACCUUUGACCACAGUGACCUUAAUGCCUAUCUACUUGUCGUCGUGGGGCUCGCAAAACCUGAUGAAGAACACGCGCCCAGCUAUAGCGAUAUCGCGGAGAAGGCCCAGGCCCAGGCGCCGAUUCCCUUGCGGGAGAUACAAGUGCUGUCUCGAAAGGAGGAACUAGUCACACUGUCCACCGAGUCUACUCUCGACAAGGCGGUGGAGAUCUUUGGGAGCGGGAUCCACCGUAUUCUGGUUGUCAACCAAGCGUCAGAAGUCGUCGGCAUCAUUAACCAGUUGAGAUUGGUCGAGUUCUUUUGGAACGAGAGCAUCAACUUCCCAGCCAUAGAUAGGCUGUACGGUGCUCUCCUUCGUGACCUGCAAAUCGGGUCACAGGAAAUCAUCGCCAUCAACGCCGAUGCCCCGCUCGCUGAUGCCCUGACUCUCAUGCACGACGAGGGUCUUAGUUCGGUCGCCGUCGUCGACAAUGGACUCAACGUGGUCGGUAACAUCUCGACCGCAGAUGUCAGGCACCUUACCAGCGCGGCGAGCCUGCCCCUUCUCAAGAACAGCUCCAUGCACUUCAUCUCCAUCAUCCUCUCCGAGCGCGGCGUUGAGAAGGGUCGCGACUCUUUCCCGGUCUUCUACGUCAACCCUUACUCAACGCUUGCACACACGGUAGCCAAGCUCGUUGCGACCCAGAGUCAUCGUAUGUGGGUUGUAGAGUCGGCAUCGCCCUCCCCAAGCGCGCCGGCCACGCCGCUCCUCACACCGAGCCUGCCACAUUCGAACACCAGUCUCGGAUCGACUCCAGUGACUGGUUUGACCCCAGGGUCUGAAAUCUCCCCUAGAACCUCCACCAUCCUCAUCCCGUCGGCCGGGACAGGCUCGGGGCCACAGGCGUCACCGCUGCCGGGCCAGAGCUUCUCGUCGGUGCCGGCGGCAUCUUUUCCAGGUGCCCACGUGUCUGGCCGACUGACAGGCGUGGUAUCUCUAUCCGAUAUCCUCAACCUGUUCGCUCGGUCAACCGGGUUGCAUCCCUCGGACCCUGGCGAGCAGCGCGCGCGAAGGAGGCGGAGUUCGAGCAGUUCGGUGCGGCCAAGCUUGGACAGCGCAAGGGCUAGUGUUGAUUAUAGGAGGUGAAAAGGGGGUGUCGAGGGACGAGGGUCGGAAGCGAACAAAAUUGGGGUUAUGGAUGGCACGUGGAGCUUUCAAGAUGGUUAUUGCUCUCUUUCAUCACCCGUCCUCUCAUUACCUGCUCAUCGGAGUUCAAGGAGCGGAGGCGCGUACCUGGGUUUUUGCAUGCCAUAAGAUCAAGAGUUCAGAGUUAGCAGAGUUGGCAGCGUUGAUUCUCGAGGCUAUAGAAGUUUGCUUUCUAGGAGCCUAGUAACAGCGGGUUUCGCCAACUCUCUCCCCUUUUGUCAAGUCGUUGGAGGGUGGACCGGGUUGCGGUUGGAUUUGCGGAGCUGUUAAAUUUGUUUAGCACUUCAUCUAAUAGCAGAUCCUUGAUGAAUCCA